CCACUGCGUGGCACUGCGUACACAUGCGCAGGGAACUAUUAUUCGCGCUCGGGUGGCAGCACUGGAAGCACGCUUGGUAUCGGAUUCUUUCUCGUUUAUAUCUCGUGGCAUGGUUCGAGCUCCGUCACGAUGAAGCUGAACGUGUCGUUUCCUGCUACAGGAUGCCAGAAGCUCUUCGAGAUCUCCGAUGAGCACAAGCUCCGGAUGUUCUAUGAGAAACGUAUGGGUGCCGAGGUAGAGGCCGACGCACUAGGGGACGAGUGGAAAGGCUAUGUAGUCCGUAUUUCCGGCGGUAAUGACAAGCAAGGUUUUCCCAUGAAGCAGGGUAUCCUGACUAACGGCCGCGUGCGUUUGCUGUUGUCCAAGGGACAUUCCUGCUACAGACCCAGACGCGACGGUGAGCGCAAGCGCAAGUCCGUUCGCGGUUGCAUCGUAGACGCCAACUUGUCCGUGCUGUGUCUUGUGAUAGUGAGAAAGGGAAAACAGGAAAUCCCAGGAUUAACAGACAUGAACGUGCCGCGUCGUCUGGGACCAAAAAGGGCGAGCAAGAUUCGUAAGCUUUUCAAUCUGACGAAGAAGGAUGAUGUGCGUCAGUUUGUAGUGAAACGACCUGUUCAGAAGGAAGGCAAGAAGGAACGAUUGAAGGCACCCAAAAUCCAGCGCCUCAUCACUCCGAUCGUUCUUCAGAGGAAGAGACACAGGUUGGCCUUGAAGAAGAAGCGUUGCCUGGCUCGCAAGGAGCAGGCGGCGGAAUACGCGAAGUUGCUGGCACAGAGGCAGAAGGAAGCGAAGAACAGGCGCCAGGAGGAGAUCAAGCGAAGGCGCAGCGCCUCCAUGCGCGAUUCCAAGUCGUCGAAUCAGUCUGCGCCUUCCCAGAAAUGAGUUGACUGUAUUUACAUUUACGUACAAUUAAUAAAAAGAAUCUGAACUA